AUGGCCAAGGUCUUUGACGCGGCUGAAGUGGCCAAGCACAACACAGCAGAGAGCUGCUGGGUUAUACUGUACGGAAAGGUCUAUGACGUGACGGAGUUUCUGCCUUCUCAUCCUGGCGGUAAGAAAAUCAUCUUGAAGCUUGCUGGAAAGGAUGCCACCGACGAAUAUGAUCCCGUUCACCCGCCUGGCACCCUCGAGGAGAACCUCAAGCCCGAAGACGUUCUCGGUGAAGUCAACCCUGAGACACUCACCGAAUCUCAAUCAACUGGCGAAAAGACCGUUACACAAACCAAUGCAGAUCAGCCUCUGCCAUUGGCAUCACUCAUGAACUUGGACGAGAUCGAGCAAGAAGCAACGAAGCGCAUCUCAAAGAAGGCCUGGGCAUACUAUUUCUCUGCUGCCGACGACCUGUUUUCAAAGAGCUAUAACAACCAUGUUUUCAAGGAUAUUCUUCUUAGGCCGCGCGUCUUCGUUGACUGCACAGCUUGCGACAUUUCAACAACAUUAAUCGGCAAUAAAGUCGGACUACCAAUCUUUGUAUCUCCGGCCGCAAUGGCCCGACUAGCUCACCCUGAUGGUGAGCAAGGCAUUGCUAAAGCAUGCGCUCGGUUCGGCGCCAUGCAGAUUGUAUCUAACAACGCUUCCAUGACCCCCGAGCAGAUCAUUGAAGGCGCGAAACCUGGUCAGACCUUUGGAUGGCAAUUGUAUGUUCAGAACCAACGCGACAAGAGUGAGGCCAUGCUCAAGCGCAUCAACUCAAUGCGCGACUACUAUAAGUUCAUCUGUUUGACACUGGAUGCGCCUGUUCCUGGAAAGCGUGAAUUGGACGAGAAGCAGAACUUUGACUACUCUGAGCCUAGUCCUGCCAGUGGCGAGAGCAAGCCUGGUGCUGGAGGUGUUGGUCAGCAGCUCUUCUUCGGUACCGCUGCUGAUUUGACAUGGAAGACGACCCUCCCUUGGUUAGCAGCUCAUACCGAUCUGCCCAUCGUGCUAAAGGGUCUUCAAACUCAUGAGGAUGCUUUCUUGGCAGCCAAGUAUGCUCCUCAGGUGAAAGCCAUCAUCCUAUCCAACCAUGGCGGUCGUGCCGCCGACACAGCCCCUCCGGCCAUGCAUACCUUGCUCGAGAUCCGAAAGUACUGUCCUGAGAUUCUAAGCAAGGUCCAAGUAUGGAUUGAUGGAGGAAUCAAGCGAGGAACAGAUGUUGUGAAGGCGUUGUGUCUGGGCGCUAGCGGUGUCGGUAUUGGACGUGCUGCUCUUUUUGGACUUGGUGCUGGUGGCCAAGCUGGUGUUGAGCGAACACUUGAGAUUCUCGAGGCAGAGACGGCCACAUGUAUGCGACUGCUCGGAGCCAAGAACAUCUCGGAGCUUGGUCCUAGAUUCGUCAACGCUCGACAGGUGGAACGAGAUAUCUACGACGGAGAUGCUGGGCUGGAUCGUCAAGGCUUGUGGACAAAGUCUAAGCUUUAG